AUGCAUCUGCCUUCAGCUGCGAGGUCGCUGCUCGCUGUGGCAACGGUGGCCUUCCAGGUUGCCAGCGCACACAACAUUGUGUUGCCUGCCCACGGCAUCGAGUGCUUCCACGAGAACCUGCACCGCGACGACAAGAUGACCGUUACCUACCAGACUGGCGACCGGGAAUUUGGAAGCGCUGGCAACCUCGAUGUCGAUUUUUGGAUUCUGAACCCCAGCGGCGGCUACGAAGUUAACGAGAGAAGUGUCUCUACGGGCGACCACUCCUUCACUGCUCACGCCGACGGCAAAUACACCUACUGCUUCGGCAACCAACACUGGGGCGCCAAUACGAAGGAGGUUUCCUUCAAUGUGCACGGCGUCGUCUAUGUCAGCGAACACGACAUGCCCUCUGACCCUAUCGAAGCCGAAGUCAUCAAACUCUCAGAUAUUCUCAACCAAGUCAAGGACGAGCAACAAUACAUUGUCAUCCGUGAGCGAACCCACCGUAACACCGCCGAGAGCACCAACGCCCGUGUCAAGUGGUGGAAUCUGUUUGUCCUUGGUGUCGUCGUUGGCGAGUCCCUAUUCCAGGUCUGGUGGUUGCGCCGCUUCUUCGAGGUCAAACGGGUCGUAUAA